AUGUCGACCAACGAUUUACCACCACUCUUUUUUGAAGUUGAAGCUUCAUCAUCAAAGGUAAAUAUUUUUUGAAUUAUUUUUUUUCAUUUUCCAAAUUCAUAAAUUUUCAGCAAACAAAUCAAGUUCGUCAAGUAAUUGCACAUGCUUUAAUUGAAAAACUUCAACAUUGGUGUAUGCAGAUUUUCUGGAUGACAGUUUUCUGUGUUAUGAAUUGUGUUGGAGAUGAUGAAGAAGAUUUGAUGAAAUCCAAAAAAUCCAAAAAAUCUUCCGAACAGAAGAGGAAAACAAGUUUGACCGAUAUUGAGCAGAAGGUAUUUUUUUGCCCUUUCAAAAUGUUUUCUUGCUUUCAUAGACAAGAAAAAUAUUUUUUUUGUUCUUUAUCAAAAUCGAACCAUAUAUUAAUAUAUUUUUUGUUAUAGAUGCUCCGUCAUUUGACAUCUCCAUAUUUAUCAUCUCCACUUCGACCAGUUCACCGUCAAUCGAAAAGAAGACCAGUUCUUUCUCGACCACCGAGUCCUCAACUUUUCGAUAUUGCUGAAGAAGAGUAA